AUGGCAUUAUUAGGUGGCCCAGUUAAAUUGCCACCAAAUUUCGAUCUGCAAUCACCAAAUGCAGCAUCGGAAUGGAAGUUUUACCAAACCGCUUUUCAAGACUAUUUAGUGCCGACAGGCCCAGACAGCCCACUUGCAAGUAUUAAGUUAAGCAUCUUACGAAAUAUCAUAGGACAUGACGGCGAAAGAAUUAUGGCAACAUUUGAAAUUGCCCAAAAUGUGGACCAAUACCAGAGUAUGUUUGACGAAAUAGAGAAAUAUUUUAAACCGAGGAAAGACGAAUGCUUUGAAAGAUAUAUGUUCUCUAGAAGGACACAAACAGAGGGUGAGAGUUUCGACCACUUUCUUACAGAUUGUCGUCACCUUAUUAAGACCUGUAAAUACAACACAGUUGACCCAAAUCAGACCCAAGAAGACAAAGCCUUGAGAGACAGAAUUGUCACAUCCAGAGAAGCCCUACUAAGGAUGGACGAUUUAACUUUAAACGAAGCAAUACAUUUUUGUAGAACAUCUGAAAAAAGUCAGAGCCAGAGUUUGCAGUUUCAAGCUGGAGCAGAAAUAAAUAUGGUAAAGAUGAAAUCCAAAUAUGAACAUUUUGAUAAAUCGAGUCUAACUAUAGAAGAUAUGAGUCUGGAAAGAAUUUUAAAUGUAAGCGGUGACAGACAGUGCAUGGUUCCCGAGAAUGGCCAACAUUUGGUAAGAAAUGUGGUAAAUGUGAAAUUGAAAACCAGUUCGCUGUCUCAUGUCCAAUCAAAAAUGUAA